AUGGGUGGCAUGGUGAGUAAAGCAGAUCCAAAAACAAGUACAGAAACUUCAAAACCAACAAAACCCAAAGCACGAUCCUCACAAAAUAAUAAUGGCAUGACCGAUGAAGAAUGUGUCAUUAACAAACUCAAAAAAGGAAACAAACAAGCUCAAAACAUGCCAGAAGAAGAAUUAAAAGAAUGGGCUCGUUCUCUCUGUGAUCAUAAAGAAUUGAAAGAAUGGUAUUUGAAUCCAGAAUUUGCCACCACUGUGGAACAAUUUGAAAAAUUAGAGAAAGUCAAUGCAGCUGCACUUUCAAAGAAGAAUGAAGGAUCAAAUCUAUUUGCAAGUACAAGUGAAUCAGUAGUGAAUGAUAAACCAAAUGGUGGUGAUGCUUUCAAUUUGGAUGACAUUGAUUUUGAUUUGGAUGAAAUUAGAAAAGAUGCUGCUUUACCUUACAUGCAAGUGGGUAAAAAGAUCAAAAUUAAAUUGAUUAUUGCAGAGAUUUGUAAGAGUGACACUCAGAAAGCACUUCGAAAAAUGUUGAGUCCAAUUUUGACAAAAUUAGAUUAUCAACAACAGUUUGGAAUGUUUCAUUCAGCUCUUGUGGUUGGUCCAUGGUAUUUGGAGUGGAAUAACUCAUCACUUUGCAUUCCUAGAAAAUGUUACAGUAAUGCAGCCAUGAUUGCAGCUGAUUUAGAAUUUAAAGGAAUGGCGACAUUUGAUUUGGACGAAACAAUUGAGAGAAUCAGUAAAGUCAUUAUUGACUGGAAUGUGAAUAGAGAUUAUGAUCAACAUAAAGCAAAUUGCCAACAAUUUGUGGAUGAGCUUUGUAAAGCUUUAGAAAUUCCAAUUCACUUUGAAGGUGUUUUGGGUGACUAUUUGAAUAAUUUGAGAACGAAGGGAGUGUGUGAAAUAUUUUUCCCUGUCAAUGAUAAUAUGAAAGAACAAUUUGGAAUCAGAGAAUCUAAAGUUCAUUUCAAUACUCAUGCUGAGUUGGACAAAUUUGUGAAAGAGUUGCUCGAGAAGAAUCCAAUGUUUGAACAAGACAAUAAUUUGGACUGGAAUUUACUGAAGAGUUUCGAUCGUGCGUUUUGGUUACGUCAUUACCGUCACCCAGAUGAUCCUACCUAUCAACCUCACAAUUGUGCCAGUGAUGGUUGUCCAUUUGGUGAUCCUUCAGUCACUGCAAGUUUUAAGAAGGAGUGGUUUUAA